AACUUGGGACUGCGCUCCUCUCGCUGCAGACACACUCUCUCUCACACAGUGAAAAGCUCCAGCGCCAAGACUCCUGCAGCAUAGGAGCAACUAGGUAGGAGCUUCUGUAAGCAGUUUUUAAAGGUGUAAAAAAGGGGGGGCCCUCAGGAACCUGAAGCGUCCCAGAUUAUUGUGGACUGUGGCGUCAUGAGUUGCAGUUCGGGGCUUUUCUGAGAGGAUUCAGCAAUGCUGCGCUCAGAGGAACUCUGAACUCUCCUCAUUUGCACACUUUUUUCUUUUGCAUGUUUUCACUUGAAGCGCACUGGUUGUUGCAAAGCCUGUUUCCUCAGGAGAGUUCCUCCAAACGAAGACAAUUUUAUUAGCAGUGAAAAACGGAUCCGCGAUUUGGAACAUCAUCUGGAAAUAUGAAUGGAUCUUAUUUCUUGAGCUGAGAUUCCGCACCCUGGACUGCUGGGAGUACCCACAAAGAGCGCAGGUUGCAUGUUCACGGACUGUUCGCUCUGGGACUUUUGGCAGACAUCAGCGCGUCAGGCGACGUGCAGAGAGCCGUGCGUAAAAAUAACACUCAUCGCCAGCUGGUGACAUUCAAAAGUUGGAUUUUGCUCAUUCAUUCCAUGCUGCUCUCUCCUCGGCCGCUGUCAUCCAAAGUGAAGACAGUUCGCCGCGGCUUCCAGUGCCCCCAAGGGUAACCAUGGCAACCUAAAGAAAUCCAAAGUGAAUCUAAGGAGCGGGGUGAGGCAGGAGAGAGCUUCAAUAGACAAGUUUCCGCAUUUUGUGCGCUUUUUGGUGUAAGUUUUGCAAAGCUGAGCUUCAUAUCAUCCAAACCCAACAGAGUCUAUUAAAGGUAACUUCAUCUAGCUUGGAACUGAACUUAUGACGCCUUGUCUUGCAGACAGCAAAGCCACCCUGAAAAGAACUGAAUAAUUAUUUUUGCCCCCACUAGAGAAGAGCCAGUGCACGUAUCAAGGAGGAAUAAUGGGCCUUUCACAAACGCUCCUGGUUUACGCGAUGGUAUGCGUCCACCUCGGAGUCUCCCAGCAUUUCUUUCGCCUCCGUCCGCUGCCCAGCGAGCACCUCCCCGUCCCCGACCUGAAGGAGGACCCCGAUCCGGAGUACGACCCGCGGGAGCAGGACUUGGCCGAGAAGCCUUUGAGGAAAAAGCUCGGAAGCCACUUUGACCCGAGCUUCAUGGCCAUCACCGCGCCGCUGCCGGUGAACCUCUCCACCCCGGACGCCCAGUGGAAGCCGCCGGGCCACAUGCCCAACGAAAUUAAAAAGCUGGACCUCACGGAGACCCCCUACGGGAAACGGUUAAAAGUGGGCAAGAAAGCGCGGAGGAAAUUCCUACAGCUUCUGUGGACCUACACGUACUGCCCCGUGGUACACACCUGGAAGGAUCUGGGCGUGAGGUUCUGGCCGCGAUACAUCAAGGAGGGGAACUGCUCCUCCGAGCGCUCCUGCUCCUUUCCCGAGGGGAUGUCCUGCAAGCCCAUCAAGUCCAUCAGCAAGACUUUCCUGCGGUGGUAUUGCCAGGGCUUUCUAAGACAGAAAUACUGUACAUGGAUACAGGUGCAAUACCCAAUCAUCUCAGAGUGCAAGUGUUCGUGCUGAGUUUACUCCAAGGAAGUGGGCUGGAAAUACACUUUCAAUUGCACUGUUAACUCUCUACAGAGGUGGGCACCAUAGCAGAUCUAUUUUUUUAUAUGGCAUUUAAGUGAAAUACCAACAAUGUACAUAUUUAAGGAGAAAAAAAAAAUGCAGCUAUUUUUUCUAAUUGAACUUGGACCAUAUUCAAACAUUGUUUAUUUUUUUCCUCCCGGAGCACUUCAUGAGGAAGAGCUUUUUUAUAUAAAUAUAUUUUUAUGAGACAUUGAUGAAGGAAUUCAUAAUAUGCUACACUUCUCCAAGAGGUGACCUUUUUUUUCUUCAACUGAACAAUGAUGCUGUCUGUUAUUUUACUGCAAUGCUGCCCAGAGUUUUUGUAUAAUAUUAAUAUCAAUUAUGAUUCAACUGUAAAAAAAAGUUGAGGUUAAAGAUAUAUAUAUAUAUAUAUAUAUAUAUAUAUAUAUAUAUAUAGAUAGAGGUGUGAACUCAGCUUUUUUUUGAAUACUUAGUAUUGUAGAAAUAAACAAAGCUGUAUGUUUUAUUUAUUAUUUUAAUGAUUUGUGAGUAUAGAGCAUAAGGAAAGAAAAUAGCAGAAUAUUACCAGAAUAAAUAUGGAAGAUGUCUACUUGAAUAUUUCUAAAAGUGACAAAAAAGGAAAUAAAGAAAAAAGUAAGGCAUAUCAGUGUAUAUGUUAUGGUUACACGUGUUAGCAAUAAAGUCUAUCUUUUCAAUGUG